GUAUCCUGAUAUACGACCAUAUAGUGACACUACCAGAGGAAAUCGCUUUUAUUUGGCGUCGCCCGAAAGCCCUGUCAGCGAUGUUAUUUCUGCUCAAUCGCUAUGUUGCUCUGUUCGCCAAUAUUUCCAGCUUAGUUGUGGAUUUGCAGCCUAUAAUUUCAGAUGAGAGCUGUUUGAAAUAUUCGCUAUACAGAGAAGUAGCUCUUUUCCUCCAGGGAAUGAUCGUUUCCGUCAUAAUGGCUAUGCGCACUUAUGCUCUUUAUGGCUGUAGCAAGCGCCUCCUUACUUGGAUAGUAAUCGUCAUGUUGGCUCUUGUGGGAGUAUGCUGUGCGGGCACUUUUGGAAAAUAUUCAGGCGAUGUGGACAUCGUGCCUGGAGUUGGCUGCAAUGAAACAUUUUCAAAAAAAGUAGCCGCCCGUCAGUGAAUUCUAAGUCACAUUUGCAUGUAACUUGAUGUAGUGACCUUAUCCAACUGCAGAAAUUGGGCUGGCAUACGUGGCCGAAUUUAUCUUCGAUUUAUUCAUCUUCGUGCUCACGAUGUACAGGAUUUGCAAAACUAGAGGCUUGCAGCGGUUGUCCCUAGUCACCAGGGGAAAUAUCAUCGACAUUAUAUUUCACGAUAGUG